AUGAAUAAACAAAACAUGCUUAAAACUCCCCAAAUACCUCCACGGGUUGGCUGCUAUCUCUUCCAAGACCAACAAAAAAGAAUAAUUUACGUUGGCAAAGCGAAAAAUUUGCGCCAAAGAAUCGCUCACCAUUUUCAAGAAAGCCAAAGUAAAUAUUUAGGUUUAAUUGCUAAUUGCGAAAUAAUCCUUACUAAUAACGUCAAAGAAGCCCUCAUUUUGGAACAAAAUUUAAUCAAAAAAUACCAACCCCGUUUUAAUAUUUUAUUAAGAGACGACCAUGCUUACCCCUAUAUUAAAAUUACUGAGGAAACUAAUCCUCGCUAUUGGUUAACAAAAAAAUUUAAUUCUGGCAAGAAAGAUUUAUAUUUUGGUCCUUUUCCGGAUGGCACCAAAGCCGCGGAAGUUUUACAAAUUCUCGAAAAAGUAUUUCCCUUAGCCAAAUGUAAAGGCAAUUUAGGUAAACCUUGCUUAGAUUACUCCUUAGGCCAAUGUUCAGGACAUUGUUUUAAAAAAGUCGAACCAGAAUAUUACCAAAAAACUAAACAAAAAAUUAUUGAUUUCUUUCACGGAAAAACGCAAAUUGUCAAAAAAAACCUCCAAAAAGUUUUACGCAAGAGCAUUCUUAACCAAGAAUUUGAAUUGGCCAAAAAAGAAAAAAAAAUCUUAGACAACCUCAAUUUUUUCACUAGUGAACAAAACGUUGACACCACCAAAGUCCAAACUUUUCCACUUCAAGCAAGGUUAAAUGAAGAAAAGGAACUAUUACAGUCUUAUCUUUAUCAAUUUUACCAAAAAAAUCUUCCGCCUCAAAUUUUGUAUUUACCGAGGAAACUAGAAAAUCAAGAACUAUUGGCCGAAGAAUUCGGUUUUACUUGCCAAAUUCCCCAAAGGGAGGAAUUAGGAAAAUAUUUGCAGAUUGAGCCGCCUUAUUUUUUGGAAGUUUUGGAUAUUUCUAACUUGUUUCAACAAGACAUUGUGGCCGGAUUUUUAGUCUAUGUCAACGGAGAAAAGGUGAAAAACCGAGCAAAAAUUUACCAACUAACCGGUUUGGAACAAAAAAUAGAUGGCGGAAAACUCCAAGUCAAAGCAGUUUUGAGCGUUUGCCGAGAAUUAGCUUUAAAUAUUCCCGUGGUUGGUCUAGCCAAAAACGAAAAGCACCAAACGGAGAAAAUUAUUACUAGCAAAUUUCAAGAAUUGCCUUUACCAGUCCACGCAGCCCUCCAAAAUUUUUUGGUCAAACUCCAAGCGGAAGUUCACCAUUUUGUUAUUAAUUGCCACCGCAAACUUCACCGCGAGACUGUUUUGAAGUAA